GUUUAAGCUUGAGAGGGGGGAGGCAACUAAGCUAAAAAGGCGGAGAGGUAAGCUGUGAGCAGAAAAAAACCAGAGGGAGAAGACAGGAAAGGUAUGACUGCCAUGGAUCCUUCGAUUUUCUUUAUCAGUAAACAGUCUCAUUCCCUUUUCUUGAUAUUUUCUGUGGAUUGCUCGAUUAUACGUUCAGUUUAUGGUUCAUGUUUGAUUCAUGGAUUUAUUGUGGCUAUCUCGUCUAUUUUCCUUGGGAUGAUUUGAGAAUAACAUAGCUCUGUUUUAGUUUCACUAUGCAUCAUAUAGGAGUCUUGUUUUGUUCUUAUCUCCAUGGGACGCAUUCUAGUUCACUCACCUACAGCCAAGCCUGUUGAUCUAAACAUGAAACAUGGUUUUGGGUUGUCUUAUUUGUUUCAUUGGUGUGUGCUCUGUUUCGUUUUCCCAUUCCCCUGUUCUUGGUAUCCUACCUUCUUGUACAUCAGGUUGUACAUCCCUACCUGAGGGAGCCAGGUAAUGCUAUCACAGAACGUAGCUCGUGAAUGUUGAGGAUCAAUAAAGCUCCUCCAGAUGGUUUGGGUUUGCGCAAAGAUCUUGGAUAGGAAAGAAGCAGGGUAAUGCUGAAGCUGUAUCUUGUGAAAAUACUACAGUUAUGGUUGAUCUGGAUCAGUUUGUUACUAAGGAUGUUAUACCGAUCAAUGAGAAAGAAGUUGGUGCUCUUCCAGUCAUGGCAAUGAAGCUCUCUGUCACACCUAUUGUUCACACUGCAGCGCAAUGCACGAUCGUAUCUGACCAUCUUACACUUGUUGAAGAUUUGGAGCAUUCUGUUACGCAGAUUCUUGGUGGUCUAUGCUAUUGAUGGAUCUGGAGUUGCUCUAGUUGUUGCUUGAAUAUCUAAGGAAGCGAGUCGUUCACUUUGUUCGAUCCAUCUCGUGCGCUAAGCCGAAGCAAUAAGCGACGGCGAAGACACUGAUCUUUGUAGUCAUGGCUUUUAUACUGGUUUCGUCGACGCUCGGGAGCUCAGAUGUUCCGUUCAUUGUGACCCACAAGAAGGCCUCUCUCACCAGGCUCAAGUCCGGUGACAAGCGAGUCUCUGUGUCCAUCGACAUCUGCAAUCAAGGACCCACGACCGCGUAUGAUGUAAGUCUCACUGAUGAUAGCUGGUCACAAGAUGUAUUUAAUGUUGUCAGUGGCAACACUUCAACAUCAUGGGAAAGGCUUGAUGUCGGUGGUCUUCUAUCACAUGCUUUUGAAUUGGAGUCCAAAAUGGAAGGAAUGUUUUAUGGUGCACCAGCAGUCAUUACGUUCCACAUCCCUACCACGGCUGCUCUGCAGGAGGCAUAUUCAACUCCAAUAUUGCCUUCAGAUAUCCUUGCAGUGAGACCUCCAGAGAAGAAGUUUGAGUGGGCUAAGAGGUUGUUGGCAAAAUAUGGGUCCCAAAUCUCUGUGAUCUCCAUUGUGUAUCUGGUCGCUAGUCCAUCAAAAUCCGGUGCUGGGAAAGGAAGCAAGAAGAAGAGUUAACCAUUCAAGCUGGAAAACAAAACAAUUGGGUAGCAUAUAUGUGAUUGGGUUGGGCAAAAAGUAUCCCCUAUCAUGACUGUUGUCGCCUCGCGUA